AUGCUUUACAAAUUCGGCUUAGAAGCUUUCAAUGGAGCUAUCGUCACAUUGGCGACGAAUCGAUAUGAUCAAGAUGCUUUUAAAACACAAAAACCGUCGCAAACCUUUCAACGAAUUGGUUUGCUUUCUGGUCUUAAUCAAGCAUUUCAAUGUGUCGGUUCCAUUCUCAUUGCACCAUUAGUUAAACGUUGGCCAACACGUACAGUUCUUUCCGUAUCGAUCGUCAGUUUUGCUAUUGUUACAGUCAUUUUAAUGGUUAUUGAUAGUGCCACUGGUGGAUAUAUUAAGCCAGCGAAUUUUACACCGAAACAUAAGAAUGAUUUUAGUUACUAUGGUCGUUAUAGUACUGACUUGAUCAUUCCAAUUUAUUGUGUUACUGGUAUUGCUUAUGGUAUGGUUGAAUUGAUUCGACGCAUCAUUCCGCGAGAUAUUGUUGGUGGGGAUGUAGACAAAUUACAAAGGAUGGAUUCACUAGUUCACAUUUGUUAUGAAGUAUCAGGUACGGCUGGAGCUUUUGCAACUGCUCUCGGACUUAUUCCUCGACUAGGAAACAAUUACGCUUUUAUCAUUACACCUUUUUGUUUCACAGCGUGCGGAAUCGUUUGGUUUUUUCUCGGCUCUCUAAAAUUUUCUCGUAUUGAAAGUGAAGAACCUGAUGAAAAUGAGUCGAACUAUGUGAAAUCGGUUUUGAAGAAAUUCUUUCUUUUCGGAAAAUCAGUUUAUAUUGGUGGAAAACUUAUUUUUACGAAACGCCAAUUCAUAUGGUUGUGGACUGGUUAUUCAGUAGCACUCUACGCUCAUCGUUACCUUGAAAAUGGUAUAGCUCCACAAGUAGCAAAACGGUAUUUUGAAAAUUCGGCCUGGUCACAGAUUAUUGUAGGCGGCUCGAAUUUCGGUGAAUUGAUUGGUGCAUUUAUCGUCUUCGUUCUCGCCAGUACUGUUCGUACACCAAUGCCUUGGCUUCGUUUAGAUGCUAUACUGUUAAUGAUUGUUUGGUAUAUUCCUUUCUUUUAUCCACCAGCAAAUGAAGUCAAGUAUGCCUGGAUGAUGGCCGCUACCUUCAUUCCGAUCUCAUUUGGAUGGGCCGCUGGUGAUGUUUCACUCGGUGCUUAUAUUCAAUCGUCAUUGACAAGUGCCGGAUCCAACGACAAAAACAUUUCACCUCUAGGGGCUGUCAUGGCAUUUCUCUACUCGUCCUAUAUCAUUCUGUACGCCAUUGCUAAUCCAUUGCUUGGAAUCUACAUUGAUAGUGUUUAUAAUGAUCAGGGUACGAUUAGGCCUGCUCUAAUUUAUACAGCCGGUGUGCAUUUUUCGAUCGUAUCGAUCAUGGUUUUUGCCUCGACAUUUAUCCCAAAAGGUUCGAUUACUUUUAACCCACGGAUGCUUACUGCACAAGAUUCUAAUGAAGCGGAAACAUCGAAUCAAGCAGUGAAUGGCUUUGAUACAGAGAGAAAUUCUGUGAAACAACAUCCGUCUUUGCACGACUUAAACGAUCUAGCUACAUACUUCUAA